AUGGCUACUACUCAAAUGUCUCCUGAUCUUCCCAAACCCUCGUUUGCCAAGGUCGCUGCCUCCGUCUCUAAGGACUCCGCACCUCCAGCGAUUCGACGGAUAGCCACACCAUCUAAAGAAGGAACCAUGAGCUCGACGACAAUACCAUCCACAUCCACCGCGCCCGUAAUCGCAAACGGCCGAUCUGGCAAGGCUCCAGUCGCAAGGUUGCCCUCGCCGCAACGGGAAUCAAGUCUCAACCUGACCGAUCACGGAAGCGGUGAAGACAACCUCGAGAGAUCUUUGAAGGACUUGAGCCUAAGGGACAAAGCCCCUAACCUUGUCGUGAACGGUAGUGGACCUUUGGCUCCCGAGAGGCCUGCAGUCGUCGUUGGUAGAGACAGCGGAUCCGACGAUUCUCAACGAGCUGAUUCGAGUUCCGAACUCGGAACUAAGCCUCCCAGUCUGGAUGGAAAGAGUAUCACUUCAGGCACAACAUUUGCACUCGAUGAAAAGGAAUCGCUAAGACCUGACGAUAGCGCCAGUGUCAAGGCCGCUGCAGAAGAUGACGAUGCUUUCUCUGUACGAGGUUCAUUAGUUGCGGGAUCUCGCAUGGGCUCAGAGGUAGCCCCACGAGCUCGAAUGCUUCACCUGGGCGAUAUUCCGGAGCGAAGGCUACCACAACCAGUUCCAGGCACUACAGCUCAAGGAGUCCUGACUCCCCAGAGCUCAUCAUCUGAACAACCCCCCGGUGUACCCAUGGGUACUCCUGGCUCCUCAGAUGCCCUUGGUGUCAUCUAUCGGCAGGCGCCGGAUGAUAAACUUCUAGAAGCCAUGGCAUCGCCCAAGGACAGACUCUUUCUAUUGCGGCUGGAGAAACAGGUCAUUGAUUUUGUGCAGGAUUCCAAGACACCAUUUUGUCGAGUUCCCACCUCAUUGGCACUUAUCAACCCCAGCCCUACUGUGCCAAAUAGCAGCACUCCACCUCCUGUUGUUCUACCCAAGAAGAUAAUGCGACGCGGCCAAGAUAGUGAAGGUGGCCCAAGUGCUAGCCCCUCUAAGCCAACUUCUGAGACCGGCAGUGAUGCUAAGGAUAAGCCCGCGGCGAACCAGAAACUUACUAGGGAAGAGCGAGAGGAGCAGUAUAAAUUAGCACGUGAGCGCAUUUUUGGCAGCUCAGAAGACAGUGUCACGGAAGAGGGCGACAACGGCGUUUCAAGAGCCAGUUCAGUGUCUGCCAAGGACAAGUCCAAUAUCGGAAAACGGGGUAAAACUGGUAAACAACGACGUGAUGAUUCGGACAGCUUCGAUUCACGACAUCAGUACACGCCCUAUUGGGGGCCUCAGCAACAGACUUGGAUAUCCCAACCGCAGUACAUGCCGCCCCCCAAUACUCAAUACGGCGCCCAAGCACCACCAGGGCCAGUAUACCCAGGUCAAGUCGCACCUGUCUACACACAUCAGGGUCCCGGAUACCCUGCGAUGCCAGCUAUGCCACCAAAUCAGGCAUAUCCUCAGUACUCAGCCCCUCCGUAUGCUCCUCAAGCCGCCCAACAGCGCUAUCCUUCUGGUGGAAGCCCUAUGACUAACUACGGUGCACCUGUUCCUCCGGUUGGCCCGCAGCAACCUGCUUGGCAACCGGGCCUUGCUCCUCCUACUCAAUACCAGGCGAGGGGAGGCACCCCAACCGGUCCUCAAGGGCAUAUGGGAAUCCCUUAUGCAUACGGACAGCUCCCAGCAAAUAUCAACCCCCAUGAUCCCAAGAGCCAGCACCCAAUUCCUGGCAGUUAUAAUCGCAACCACGCCUUCAACCCCAAGACACAAUCGUUUGUGCCUGGUAGUGGGGGUGGCAUGGCUCCUGUCCAGCCUCCACAGCCGCCAUUCACCGCUCCCGGAUCGCAUCAUGGCAGUCCUCAAGUUGGCUCACCUCAUCUAGCCUAUCCUGGCGGUUAUCAACAGCCAAUGUCUCAGCCUUAUGGGGGCGGAUAUGGUAUGGUAAGGCAGGGGUCUAGCAACUCGAUGCCUGCGUAUUCUUCUCCUCGCGUUGCUCAUAUCCAACACGCACCGCCGCCGCCGCCUGUGAUGCCGCAGAACCCCCCACACAUGGCUCCCCAGCCUCUGGCCCCUCAUUAUAGUAUCCCCAAUCGACCUAACAUCCCACAAGUACCUAGCCAGCCCUUCUCGCAUUUGCCGACAUAUGGCAACCCCGCCACUCUACCCCAGAAACCAGCUACUGGAAUUUAA